ACCAUUGGGACAAGCUCCCCGGCCGGCCUAUGCUGGACCUUUAGGCAACCCAGCAUUUUUUGUGUACCAUCAAACGUGCUUAGCCAGCAAAUUGCCUGUCUUAAAUCUUCAAUCUUGUUUUCAAAAAUCCACAUCAGCUAAUGAGAACUUUCGCUCCUCACUGCCGCCAGUUCUCAACUGCCAAGCAACUAAAGGAUUUAGCUCCUUCAUCACCCCCAAAACCUGAAUUUCCUCCUCUUAUUCUCAAUGAAGACUUUUGUGGUAAUUUAUUAGACCAAUACCCAGAUAUCAAAACACUUCAAAAACUCCAUUCCAGGACAUUCAAAGACCAGUAUCUUCGCUUCAACCCAUCUCUCCGCAUCAAAUUGAUGAGAGCCUAUGCGGCUUGCGGAGAGCCAACAUUCACACGCCACAUAUUCGAUGAAAUCACCGAAAAGAACAUCGUUUUCUUUAACGUCAUGAUAAGAAGCUAUGUAAACAACCGUUGCUAUCACGAUGCUCUUCUUAUAUUCAAAGAAAUGCCUAGCCAUGGCGUUAGCCCAGAUCAUUAUACUUACCCUUGUGUCUUGAAGGCUUGUUCCGGGUCAGAUAAUUUGCGGGUUGGUUUGCAAAUUCAUAGUGCUGUGAUUAAAGUUGGUCUUGACCUAAAUCUUUUUACAGGGAAUGGGCUGGUUUCUAUGUAUUCAAAGUGCAGAUGUUUGGUGGAAGCGCGGCGAGUUCUUGAUGAAAUGCCAAUUAGAGAUGUAGUUUCUUGGAAUUCAAUGGUUUCUGGGUACGCUCAAAAUGGAUGUUUUGAUAAUGCAUUGGAUGUUUGUAGGGAAAUGGAGUUAUUGAGGAUAAAAGCUGAUGCUGGGACUAUGUCCAGCCUCUUACCGGCUGUGACUAACACUUGUUCUGAUAAUAUUUUGUAUGUUAAAGAAAUGUUUUGGAAGUUGGCUAGAAAGAGUUUGGUUUCUUGGAAUGUGAUGAUUGCUGUUUUCGUGAAUAAUUCAUUGUCAACUGAAGCUGUUGAUUUAUAUUCACAGAUGAAGGCAUGUGGGAUAGAACCGGAUUCUUUUACUAUUGCUAGUGUCCUUCCUGCUUGUGGAGAUCUUUCGGCUAUUUUUCUAGGAAGACGAAUUCACAAAUAUGUAGAGAGGAAGAAACUCCUCCCAAAUUUGGCAUUGGAGAAUGCAUUGAUUGACAUGUAUGCAAAGUGUGGAUGCUUACAAGAAGCAAAGGCAGUGUUUGAUCAGAUGAAGUCUCGGGAUAUUGUGUCCUGGACUUCUUUGAUCUCCGCUUAUGGGAUGAGUGGCCAAGGUUACAGUGCUAUGGCUCUUUUCUCUGAAAUGCAAGACUCCGGCCUUACUCCAGAUUCCAUAGCAUUCGUCUCAGUUCUUUCGGCUUGUAGCCAUGCGGGACUAUUGGAACGGGGGUGGCAUUUCUUUAACUUGAUGACAGAACAAUAUAAGAUUAUUCCAAGGGUAGAACACUUUGCUUGUAUGGUGGACCUACUUGGACGUUCUGGGCAAGUAGAGGAAGCCUAUAAUUUCAUCAGACAGAUGCCAAUAGAACCUACUGAAAGAGUAUGGGGAGCUUUAUUGGGUGCCUGUUGGAUGCACUUUAACAUGUAUAUCGGGCUUCUUGCUGCUGAUCAUCUUUUUCAGUUAGCACCUGAGCCUUCUGGUUAUUAUGUCUUGUUAUCAAACAUAUAUGCGAAGGCUGGUAGAUGGGAAGAUGUUACAACUGUUAGAUCAAUCAUGAAGAGCAAAAGGAUCAAGAAAGUGGCUGGUGCUAGCAAUACUGAGAUCAACGAUCAGGUUUAUACCUUUCUUGCUGGAGAUCGCUCACAUCCACAGUCCAAGGCAAUCUAUGAAGAAUUAGAUGUUCUGGUGGGGAAGAUGAAAGAAGCAGGUUAUGUCCCUGAAACUCACUCUGCACUUCAUGAUGUGGAGGAGGAAGACAAGGAAUGCCAUCUGGCUGUUCACAGUGAGAAGUUGGCUAUUGUUUUUGCCAUUUUAAAUACUGUACCUGGCACACCUAUUAGAAUCACCAAGAAUCUUCGUAUCUGUGGGGAUUGCCAUAUUGCUGCUAAGCUCAUUUCACAAAUUGCUGAACGUGAAAUCAUUGUUAGGGAUACUUAUCGGUUUCACCAUUUCCAGAAUGGUGUUUGCUCUUGUGGAGAUUACUGGUGAUCAAUUUGGACAGGUGCUUCAGAAUUCGCAAUAUAUUGGUCUAUAAGCAAAAGGCAUCAGUUGUCCAUUAUAUAAACCACACCUGGCAUGACAUUGUUGUAUGACGUUCUUAGCAGUAUGACUGCCAGUGCCAUGAUUUUAUCAAGGGACAAAUUGAAUCACUGAUUAUCCUAAUUGUUGCAGUUAUCACAACUGCUGGUCCUAGAUCUUAUCAGUGGCCAUACCUUGCUUUGGCAUGGACCCUAAAAAUUUUCUAGUUCCAGUCAAAAUCUUGACAGUGUAAGACCGUUUUGAUAAUCUUCUAAGUGAUCUUCUAUUGUCAUUGGAAUUAAAAAGGCAUGGUCGGUUCAGUAUUCUUUCUGAAGCCUUCAUGAUUGAAAUGGGGGUAUGGCUUAAAUGUGAGCUUUGACAUCAGGUGCAAUAUCAGUUUAUCUUGAGAGGAACAAGUGUAUUAAACUUCUGAUUAGGGUGUUGGUCAUGGCUCCGAUUCUGUUGAAUUCUCAUUCGUACUCCUCAUGCAGGCAGGACUUACAACCAAUCGAAUAUCUGUCGUCCCAUGAGAGAAACUACAUUUGCAGCUAUCCUAGUCAAGUGACCACCUCCAUCAGGUUAGUUCAAAUUGCACUCCCAUAAAGACCUUUUGGCUUCCCAGGCAGAGUGGGGUUGGCAAGUUGAUUGGAGACAUGUCUGACCGGCGGAUGGGUGAAGACCAUGCAAGAGGAACCGCUUCCCAACCAGUACAGGAAUAGAGCUGUAGAGUGCGGACUGUUUGAGAUGACCUGCAGCUUGCUUCUCGCCUUACUAAUUGCUAGUGAGUGGCUGGUUGGAAGUCAAACUUGGUGGUUGUAUGCUAAUUUGUCAAAUGAAUUUGUGGAACAUUAUUGAUUGUUCAGGGAAAUGUCCUUGGACUCUGUACCCCUUGACGAUUCAAAAGAAAUUACUUAAUUCAAUCCAGUAAUUAAUCAA